AUGUCUGCAAAUGUUUCUACAGAGAACGAUAUCGCAUUGGCCGAAAUUAGUAAUACAAUGACACAAGAGGGGGUACAACAGACGGAGCGUACGAGCAAGUAUGCUAAGUUCUCAAGUGUGAUCUUGAUCUCGAUUGUACUGUGCUUGGCGACCUUGUGCGUAGCAGUGGACAAUACGAUAAUUUCGACUGCUGUCCCUCGAAUUACCCAUGACUUCCGCAGCAUUGACGAUGUGGGUUGGUAUGCAUCAAUUUAUCCAUUGACUUCGUGCGCAUUCCAACCUUCCUACGGCAAAGUCUAUACGCUCUUCUCCAGCAAAAUCGUCUUCCUGGCAGCACUGCUGAUAUUUGAAAUCGGAAGCGUUGUGUGUGCAACGGCACCGAAUUCUCACGUUUUCAUUCUUGGACGGGCAUUAGCAGGCUUGGGUUCUGCUGGGAUACAAGCAGGCACUACACUUAUUCUCGCUGAGUGUGUUCCGCUACGUCAGCGACCGACAUGGAACAGCAUCAUUGGUAGCAUGUUUGCAGUUGGGAGCGUAGUUGGACCUCUACUGGGUGGAGCGUUCUCGGAUUCAACUACCUGGCGUUGGUGUUUCUAUAUCAAUCUCCCGAUUGGAGGCGCUGUCAUGAUCUUCAUCGCCUUGUUCUAUGACGGUAGUCGCGGCGGUCAGAGAGCAUUUGAGUCGACUGGAUUUCGCAGCCAGAUCGCGCGCUUCGACUUGGCUGGUACAUUCACCUUUAUGUCGGCAACAAUUUGCCUUCUCUUGGCACUGUCAUGGGGUGGGACAACAUAUGCAUGGAAUAAUGCCUGCAUCAUAGCCCUACUAAUGGUCGCUGGCGUACUAUUUUGUUCUUUUAUCACCAUUGAAUACCGGAUGAAAGAUAGCGCCAUUAUUCCUUUACGAUUACUACGCAAGCCAAGCAUAGUUGCAGCGAUCCUUUUUGGCAUCUGUCUUGGAGGCGUGUUCUUUGUGAAUGUUUUCUACAUACCGCUAUGGUUUCAAUUAGUCAAUGGUGUUUCCGCGGUCGAAUCCGCAAUCCUGUUCAUCCCAUUCAUGCUGAGUGUCGUUGGCGGAUUCAUGUUCGCAGGCUUUGGGACCGCUGCAACGGGAUAUUACACACCUUUCGUCUACGCCGGCUCAAUUCUCAUGUCAAUAGGUACUGGCCUUUUAAUGACUGUCCAGCCCCAGCACACCUCGCGAGCCAAAUGGGUAGGAUUUCAGAUCCUCUGCGGAGCCGGAAUCGGCUUAGGAGAAGAGCAAGGACUGUAUAUGGUGCAAACAACACUUCUUGAAACUGAUGUGGCAACUGGCAUCGGCCUAGUCCUUUUUGCGCAGACGCUUGGCGGUGCCCUUUUUGUGUCAGUUGCGCAGGCAGUUUUCCUGCAAAACAUUAGCAAGGCCCUGAAAACACUGGCCCCAAACCUGAGCCCCAAAUCUGUUCUGAGUGGCGUAGCGCCAGGCUCUUCUCAAGAAUUGCGGGCAGUCUAUGGGUUGGCGAUCAAAGAGGUGUUCCGUGUUGGGCUUAUACUAGGAACGGUCUCGAGUCUAGGGGCCGUGCUGUAUGACUGGAAAAGUCUGAAGACUAAGCACGAUGACAGGAACGAUCAGCAUGUCAGUAGCCAUGAACUCGAGCACGUGGCGGAAGUUCGAACAAAGGAUAAAUAA